UUCGCGUUUGCUUCAACAAUCGGAUACUGCUUGGAGACUAAUAACCGCAUCUUGGUGUAUCAGUUUGCCACUCAGGGCUCUUUACAUGAUAUACUGCAUGGUAGGAAAGGAGUGCAAGGCGCUGAACCUGGUCCUGUGCUUAGUUGGAACCAGAGAGUGAAAAUUGCGUACGGUGCAGCUAGAGGCCUCGAGUACCUGCACGAGAAAGUUCAGCCUCCAAUUGUCAAUCGAGACGUCAGAUCUAGCAACGUGCUUCAGUUCGACGAUUUCCUGGCAAAGAUUGCGGAUUUCAACUUGUCGAAUCAGUCGUCUAACACCGCAGCGCAGCUGCAUUCAACUAGGGUCUUGGGAACUUUUGGCUACCAUGCUCCAGAGUACGCCAUGACAGGGCAGAUCACCCAGAAAAGCGAUGUCUACAGUUUCGGGGUGGUCCUUCUAGAGCUCUGA